UUUAUUAUUUUAUUACUUCCCUACGACGUGACUUUACCGAAAGAACCAAGAAGAUGAAUCCCUGCAGUCACGAAAGCUUUAAAUCGAAAUUUUAUUAUGUUUUAUUUUUAUUAUUUUAUUAUUUCCCUUCUACGUGACUUUACCGAAAGAACCAAGAAGAUGAAUCCCUGCAGUCACGAAAGCUUUAAAUCGAAAUCAUUCUACGUCUUCGUUCCCAUUCUAUGCACGCGUUACAUCCUAAUUUAGAAAUAUUUCACAUCAUCGGCGGUCUUGUUUUAACCCGGACCACUCGUCGCCACUAUUACCCUGAAUCAUUUCAAGAAGUUGACUCUAAUAGAACGCAUAUGUUUGACUCAUUCAAACAUAAUGAGUUGUACUUGCUCUUACGACAUAUCCGGCAGUAGUUUAUGAGGAAAUUGAAAUGCUAAUUUGUCCUUACAAAAUGUAGACACAUUAUUAAUCUAUUUACACUUCUAGGCGGAACAUAGAACUCAUGUGAUUGCAUUGUGCCUCUGCGUUCUACUUGCUCUUGAUGAGUAUCAUGACAUCCACUUUUAAUGGAGUAAAAAUAUAUAUAUUUUUUAAAUAACACGUAAAAAAAGCCAAGGCACUUAUCUGAAAUAUCAAGGAGUAAUUGCUGGUUAGCAACAUGUUUUUUAUUUAUGAACCAUGGCAUGGACUGUAUUGUUAAUAUGCGUUUUACAUCUUGUUUUAGGAAAUAUUAAAUAAUACCAUCCGUUCGAAAGCAAACAAGCAAAAAUGAUACGGAAGACAUUACACGUUAACAUGUUUCAAUGGAAGCUACCGUCUACCUGGAAUUGAGUAUUGUAUCUUCUUUGCCAUGUUUUAAUGUGCAUGCAGAAGCCAACAUAUGUUCAGUACACUGUGAGUGGAAAUUAGAAAGUGUGAAGGGAGAUUUACUGCAUGCCAAAAGAAUUGCCAAACGUCGCCACCUGAAUCGAGACAGAAUUUUGCACCAAAGCAAGUACUAAAGCCUUCAGGCACAGAUAACUUGGCGAAUUCAGGUUUGCAAUAAAUCUCAGUCACACACCACACACUGGCCAUGGCAUCAGACAAUUCCCUGCGUCUGCUGCUGCUCUAUUGCACGAUGACAAGUCUCGUCAUCUUCAGCUGCAUCUACAUGCAGAGCAAAGGGAACAACAUCUCUGAGUUUCUGUUCCCAAGCCCCAAAGUGGUCAGAUGCCACAUUUUCUCAGAUGAGAUGUGCUUGGCAUUGAUGGAGGGACAAACCUUCACCGACGACCUCAGGGCCCAUUGCCAGGAGAUCCAAAGGCCCAUCAUGGCCAUUGAGGAGAAUGUCAAUUGCAGUGCUUUCAUUGAGAAGCAGAGCUACAUCACGGAGGCACUGUCCAAAGAAGAACAAGAUUUCCCACUGGCGUACAUCAUCACCGUUCACAAAGAGUUUGAGACUUUCGCCGUUCUAUUUCGUAACAUUUACAUGCCACAGAAUAUUUACUGCAUUCACGUGGAUGUGAAGUCCUCGGAGAGCUUCAAGGAGUCCAUGCAGAGACUGGCAGGCUGCUUCGACAAUGUCUUCUUGGCCUCCAGGUCGGAGACGGUCGUUUACGCUGGUUUUUCGCGCUUGAAAGCCGACAUCAACUGCAUGCAGGACCUGGCGACCAGACCGACUCGCUGGAAAUACGUCCUGAACCUGUGCGGUCAGGAUUUCCCACUGAGAACAAACCAGGAGAUCGUGCGGAUCUUAAAGAACAAGUGGAGAGGGAAGAACAUUACUCCGGGCAUCUUUCAACCCCCUCAUAUGAAGUGGAGGACCCAGUACGUGUACAAGGAGGUCGUAGACAACGAUAAGAAACAGAUGAUUAGGACCAAUGUUGCCAAAGGCCCCCCACCGCACGGCAUAAAUCUGUGUUUCGGAACGGCGUACUACGCAGUGACCAGAGAGUUCGUGCAGUACGUGCUCGAUGACAAGAAAGCGCAGGACCUGCUGGAGUGGUCUCAGGAGACAUUCAGCCCCGAUGAGCACUACUUUGUGACACUCAACAGCCUGCCAGAUGCACCCGGAGCGAACACGGUCCCUAGCUGGAGGGGCAAUACCCGUGCUGUCAAGUGGCGGGACGGUGAAAAAACUCACAAAGGUUGCAAAGGGCACUAUGUGCGGGACAUAUGUGUGUACGGCGAGGGUGACCUGGAGUGGCUGACCAAGAGAAGCGAUCUGUUCGCCAACAAAUUCGAGAUGCAGCGCUACCCGCUAGUGUUGGAGUGCCUGGAGCACUGGCUUCGGCAGAGAACCCUCAACGAGUCGGAGGUCAGAAUCCAGCCCAGCUGGAGGAUUCCCUAACCCAGGGAUGCAUUCAAACUUCACAACGAACCCGCUGCGGCUGUAAAUGUGUAUCGACUGCAAUCGCGUACGCAAUUUGGGUCCCAAAGAGAGUGAUCCUUGCCUCUUCUUGGUUCUUUCGGUAAAGUCAUGUAGAAGGGAAAUAAUAAAAUA